UGUCAUUUAAGUCUCUUGCAUCUUGAAACUUACGGCACAAAAAAAUCGUUAGAAAAGAAAUCAGCACCUGGCCCAAAUAUGGCCUGGGCAAGUAAUCUUCCCCAAGAACUUCUGUGUCGGCCAACUGCCUUAGUGUCCCUCACUGGACUAGACAUAACGUACAAUGCUAUCCACAAAUUAAUCUGGGACUCCUUCUUUAAUAACCGAAGAUCUGAUCGUGUCCCACUACAAUUCAAAGUCACUGCUGGGGAUCAUGAGUACCCUAAGUGUAGAACCAAUAAGCGUCAGUCUUAUGAAUGGUACAUUCCUAAGGGAAUGCUGAAGAAGUCAUGGAUGAACAAACACUUGAACCAGGUCCCUGCUGUUGUUGUUGUUUUCUUUGACCUAGACUGGGACGAACACCUCUGGAAGGAGAAGCAGAUGGAGUGUGCUACUCGAGUGGAAAUAGUCAGGAACAGCCUGGCUAACAGAGGGACAAAAGUGGCAGUUGUGCUUAUCCAGAAGAAUGCACCUCUACCCCCUGGAGAAGAUGUGGUGGCUGCAGAGAGGGCAGCUUCUCUGUGUAGUGCUUGUGAUCUGUCUGCCAAGCAGCUAUAUGUUCUGCCACACACCGAUCAUCUAAUUGGCUACACCAUCAGGUUGGAGAAUGCAUUUUAUGAGUUAGCUCAGAGUUACUAUCAUGGAGAGGCUAGAAAAGUAAAGGCUCACCGAGACUUCCUUAACAAAACAACCCACCAGCUUUUGUUUGUCAGACAUCAGUUUAAAAUAGCAUUCUUCAGUGAACUAAAACAGGAUAGUCACACUGCUUUGAAACAUUAUAAACAAGCUUAUGGACACCUAUUGGAGUUAAGGAUGCACGACACCAACCUCCUGGAGAUCAAGUCUAUUGCUGGCUUCAUCAACUACAAGAUUUGUCGACUGUCUUUCCAACACAAUGCACCACUGGAUUCCAUUGCUCAAUUUCGGAAGCACAUUGACUUUUUCAAAAGCAAAGUAGGAAUAGCUGAGCUGGCUUUUGAACACAGUGCUUGGAUGUCCAAACAGUUCCAGGUGUUUGGUGAUUUAUUUGAUGAAGCCAUCAAGCUAGGUUUGACAGCCAUACAGACCCAACACCCUGGGUUUUACUAUCAGCAAGCUGCUAAUCAUGCUGUGAAUAGGAAACAGCUCUGCCGUGGAUUCUGUAAGCCCCUGACACAGCUGAUCCACCCUGACCCCCUUGAGUUUUUGGACAACCUUGACUUCUAUGGUCAGAGACCAUGGCGACAAGGACACCAGAGUAUAGAUCCCCCGGACAUGCAGAGAGAACGAGAUGGGAUUGCUGCACUACAGAACAUGGAGAUUCAAGUCGAUCACUCUUGGAUCAUCAUUCCUCUAUUGAACAGUGCUGUAGCUCAGUUUAAGAAGUACAAAUCACCGAGGAUGAAGCGAUACCUAAUGGUGCAGAUGGGAGAGGAAUAUUUCCAUGCUAAAGACUACAACAAAGCCCUCAUGCUGCUGAACAAAGUAAUGUGGGACUACAGAGGGGAACGCUGGUGGCACCUGUUAGAUUCCAUCCUUGAUAUCUCACUUAAGUGUGCCUAUCUGACCUGUAAACUUCAGGAGUAUGUGACUGUCUGUGUGGAGCUCAUUUGUAACUACAGCAUGCGCUCACCUGAGGAGAAAACAAGAAUACAGAUGAACCUGAUCCGAGUUAUAUCAAAUGACUCACCAGAACCAGAACCAGGUUUAGAUCCUAUCUGUGUGGACAAUGCUCGGCGUCUCUGGUCCAGCUGUUUGACAGACCCCUGUGUAUUUAGUAUAGACAUGCAAAAUAUUGUACCGUUUGUGGAGUGUAAAGCCUGUUUCAGCACAGAAACAGUAGCUGCUGACACAGAGGUACAGCUGGAAGUCUAUAUAAGAGUGAAUUGUCCAUUCCCAGUGAGAUUCAGCAAAUUGUCUGUGUUCUUGAAUAACCAGCAGUACAACCAGUACUGUCAGGUGGUGGAUGGUCGUGGAGUCUCGGCUGGGACUGAGGCUGACUCCAGAGGUGGGGACCUGUAUUUAGUACCUGGCCAAACAAGGCUCUAUGCCUUCAACUUCCUUCCAGUAAAAGAUGACGUAGAGACACAGCUUGAGAUUUCAUCGCUGGUGUUGGAACUGGGAACUGAGGUGGGACGCUGUGCGAUGUUACAGUGGAUGGGUGGAGGAGGACCAGCAGUUACUCCAGUACAGACAGCACAGUCACUGUUACCAAGGAAACCAGUCACUCCAGGCAGUCCAAUAGAUUGGAACACUGUUGAUGUUCGGUCAACCACAAGAAUUGUCCCACGAAAAGCCAAACUAGAUGUUGUAAUCCAGCAUGAACCACCUUGUUUACUCAAUGAGUUUUACCUGCUCAAGCUGGAAAUCACAAACAAAGAAGACACAGACAUAGAGGAUAUCAGGUUAUCCUUUGGUAUCCAAGGAGAUGAGACAGGCAGUGAUUCUGAACAGUCAUCCCAUGUUUGUCUGGAGACCCCAGAGUUUGAUAAUGUGGUGGAGUAUUGUAAGGAGGAUAUGGCUCUCAACAAAAUGGAAGCAGGCAACAAGCUUUCUCGCCGUUUAUUUGUCAAGAAUAUGCAGACUGGUGCAAAGGUCCUGUUUGUGAAGUUGGCAUACACUGUUGCUGUCACCAAGAAAGAGCAGCUCAUCACCUGUACCUGUGAACAGGAAGAGACCAUCACCUUGACAACGGUCACACCCUUUGAAGUAUCUGUAAAACUCAACUCACUGAAGUUUGAGCAGAUAGAAGCUGUUCAGAUAGAGGAACCAUUCCUACUACUACCAGAGCUGAAAUGCACCUCUCCCUGGCCAGUGGAACUGCAGUCAAGUCAACUCCAAAUGACUCCCUAUGUGCAGAGCGCUGAUGAGGAUGCACCAUCACAACUGCAAGGAGUGUGUUUGAAGAAGUCAGAGUGUGCUGCAGAGUGUAUUUGCCUACAAACUGUACACUGCCUACAGCCUUCCAUUUCCCUAGGAACAUACACAGUAUACUGGAGAAGACACACAGAUGAGAGUAAAGACCUUCCGUUUGUGACCACAUCUUUCCCGUUACCUAUAGUUAACACCGAACAUAUUCCGAUCUCUAUGGAGUUACGUCUGCCAGCCUAUGGCAGUGUAAAGAACCUGCUGCCACUCUCUUAUGUCAUCAAUAACCGUACCCCGUAUCCUCAGGAAAUGGAAGUUACAAUGGAAGCCAAUGAUAGCUUCAUGUUCUCUGGAAAUAAACAGUUCCAUUUCCGAAUCCUGCCAAGUAAGGCCUACAAUCUAACUUAUAACCUGUUUCCACUGGUCGCGGGACAUGUGGCCUUGCCUAAACUCCAUGUUAACAUGCUACGUUACCAAGGCAACAUUGAUCUCAUCACACAGAAGAUGAUUCCCACUCAUGUCUUUAUCAAGCCGACUGGCAAGACACUGGACUCCUCUGGGUGAUGCAGGGCAAGCUACAAUUUAAAAUUUUCCUUGUAAAUCCAGAAAGUGGUCAAUACCUUCUAGUUUGAUCCCAGUAGUAUUAUUAUAAAUCAAUGAUCACAACAGUUCUACACAUCACUUGGAUAUCAAUUCAAAUUCUACAGCUUAAGGUGUUAUUACUGAAAUUACCUCAUUAAAUUUGUCACCAGGUGUUGUACCUGUGAUAGUUGCUUUUCUUCGUUAAUGUUUCUGUCAUUUCGUGUGAUAAAAAAUACAAUUCAGUAAUUAUAUUGACAUUACAAUUAAUUUGGUGCAAAAAAAAUGUUGAUAAUAAAGAUGUUUACUGAAGUCAUAGUGAAAGAAAAUCUUUAAAUACACUACUGUGAAAAAAAAACAUUUUUUUUUUUUUUUUUUUUUGAAAAUCUGUUUCCAUGGUAUAAAGGUCUUGAUGCUUUGAUUGAGAGAGAGUACCAGGGUAAAUGUGUUUUAGUACUGAUUAUUUUGUGAUGAGAAGGGACCAGUGCAAUAAUAUUUUUGAGCAUCGUCAUUAUUUCUUGUGUAUUAAAUGUGAGCUUCUUUAUUGAAAAAGAUAAAACUUGAAAUUUGGAUACAUGCACUGUAAUAAAGAAUUGCAAAUAUUUCUGCACUAUUAAAACUGAAUGUCAAAUUCUAGAUUUAUAUGUUGAUAUUUGUUUUCGUUCACUGGUCCACAAACAGAGGGUGUGUUGAAUUCACCUGUUCUGUACAUGUAAAUAAUUCAUUAAUUUAGGAAUACAUUUCUCUUUUCUGGAUAUGUCACCAGUAACAUUAUGAUAGUGCACAUUUAUGAAGACAACUAGUGUAAAUUUAAUUGAUGUAUGAUGUUUUGUGAUAAUGUUCAGUAAGACUUUUUACACAAGUGUAUGCUGGUUUUAUUUGUUGUCAUUUAAAGAUCAGUUUCAUUAAACAGAAUUUAAUCAAGAAAUUAGGAUGUUAAUACGAAUCUGGUAUUGUUAUUGUGUGUAUGUUAUAGUGGUGUAGUAUAUUCUGUUUAAUCAAUGCUUACCGUGUAGCCUUUUCAACAUGUUAGAUACUUGAUGUAGUGGUCAUAAAUUGUUUUUAUUUGAAAAUUUAAGAAACUUUCCUCAUUCAGUGACCACAUUAAAACAAUGUAAAAUAAGAUGCCUGUGCUAUCAGUUAGUUGGCAAUGAUACGCCAGCAGUGCAGAAGAUAAUAACACUCAUCCCUGUUUGACAUUAAUGAGUGCAUCUGUUGUCAAUGAACAAUUGGGUACAAAA